AGUGUACCUCUGCAUCCUGUGGGAAACUCGAGAUUUCAAGGACAGAGGCGCCUAUAAGUUGUACAGUGUAGUGUUACAGUCUUCCGCUGAUCGCUUUGACCAUUUAUCAGUGGCAUUUCAUGUCUAAAGAAGGUUCGCCGAGCACAACCUCAUCCAUUCGAUUAUAUGAAUCAAAUAGAUAUUCAGGUUGCCCAACUUCCACAAUGACCGCCAACUACACCACAAGGGCUCGUCCAGGUCAUGUCCGCGCAUCCCCGUCAAGCCCAACGACAGACGAAAGCAUCGUCCUCACAACUCCCCAAGAACUGGCCACCAGACAUCGUCUACCUGACAACGCUUCAUAUACCACCACCCUUGUCGAGCAGUGUUCUUGAGGUCAUCGCUGCACCUACGGGAUUCAGCACUGCAAACUCACUUCCCAUAAUCAAACCACAAGCCAUCAUUUCACCAAACCCCCUCGUCCGCAUCACACCGAUCACAUCGCCCUCGCAUCCCGCACAAGGACAGUACGGACUAUUUUCCACCCGUGCACUACCACCGUCAAGCUUUGUCAUCUUGUACCUUGGUACUCUUCACGGUCCAGCUCAGCCUCCGGAUACAUCCACGGAUGAAGCCGACUCUCAAACUUCCCAGAAUGCUACUGCAAGCUCUUCUUCCUCAACAUCCACCCCACCAAGCCCCGACUCCACCUAUGCUACGUCCAACUACGAUCUCAGCCUUGACCGGGAUCUAGAUCUAGCCAUUGACGCGUCUAAAUGUGGCAACGAAGCUCGCUUUAUCAACGACUAUCGCGGCAUCAGGCCUGCAGGACCGAAUGCCGAGUUUCGCGACUGCCUUGUCCAGGUUGGCGGCCCGGGGACUGGCACUGGCAAGCUGGAGAAAAGAAUCGGAGUGUUUGUGCUGAGUGCCGGCAAAAAUGGCGGUCCCAGAGCCAAGGGGAUUGGAAAGGGCGAGGAGAUUGUGGUGAGUUAUGGCAAGGGGUUUUGGAAUGCGAGGAAGGAUGAGUGAAUGAAAGAGGGAAUGUCUCCAGAAAGGAGAUAUGAAUUGAUUUGGCCUUUUGGACCGAUUCUGGGUGCUGGCUGGUACCGCGGUACAUGGUUGAACUGUUGUGCAUGGUGGGACUGUGCCAUGGAGCAGAGCAAGGCGCAGGUGCCGGUUCAAAGCGCUCUUCGAAGCCUCGAUAUGCAUGGACGGAGUGAGUGUGAACUGUAUGAGGAUAGUGCGCGACACGUUCAGGUACUCGUGCGCUAUCCAGCAGCAAAAUGACGGACCUAGCCUCCGUUGAAGACGAACCAGAACUGCGUUGGACAUGCUUGCAUACGCUCGCACAGGACAGAGAUUCGGGCCUCCGCAAUCGUGGUAGGGGUCGAGGGGGGUGCGGUGUUAUCUGUUAUAUCGCUGGCCAUCCUCAAUCGGGAUUACCGGUCGAUCAAGACGAUCUACUUCUGCCUCAGUCCUGGAUCCUGGUCCGUCCGCCCACGAAAUGCAGCAUAGGUAUGGUCUACAAACAAAACCUCUCUUGCCAGGAAAAGUGUUUCUCUCUGCUAAGCUCUGGCUAUAUGUUGGUCACUGCCAGGCCAUGGAAUAUCUACCCUGGUCUGAGGGCCGAGUCAAUAACGAUAGGGAAGUACCCCAAGUGUAUUACCCUCUAUAACAUGAAAAAGGUCCCUCGAACCACCUUACGGUCAAGACUGGCAGAGCAUCUCUUCUCUAUAAAAGCCCACAUCAGUCCACACCAUCUUGCCGCAGAAAUAGGACGUUGGUCAUUCACAUCCGCUUCUAUCUGUAUCUAAUACUGCUUGAAUUGCACUAGCCAUCAUUGACCACAGGAAACACCUCCUCUCCCCUUUUUCCCCCGGUCAAUGACUGUUCCGCACCAUCAUCCAGCAGCGCUCCUCCCUCUCGCACCCGGGCCACCACACACCACUCCCACCU